AUGGUCGGACCUAUUGUCUUCAACGUCGGGUUGUCGGUGCAGAACCUCUUCCCUCGCGUCAGCUUGAUUUUUAAGAUGCGACAUGUCUGUACCACUCGGACAUGCGCUUCCUCGUCUCCGCGCCCGAUGCCGACAUUUGCAGCGUUGCGGACGACGAAGCUUUCCAACCUGCCGUGGUCGAGAUUCAGGGACUGGAAUCACAAGACUGAACACACGCUCGGCUGGAUAAUAUGA